AAAUAAGCGUAAGAUUACGAGUAGGUACCUAUAAAGCGACCAGUUGAGCGAAUAGAAUUUCAAGUGGAAGUGUAACUCGUGUGGGAAGAUGUAGUAAAAUUUUGUCGUCGUAAUAAUUUGAAACUUUAUUCUGUUCGGGAAAACUAUUCAUUGUGUACUCUAAAGUACCUAGUACAUUUUUUGCGCUGUUGGUGAUCGGUUUAUAAAACUGGAAAAAAAAAUGUCCACGACGAUGAAGACUUCAAAAACCACGAGUGCUGCUGAAAUGGCAUCAGGUCAUAAAUUAUAUAAACGAAGAUGGUUCAUGUUGAUUUUGUUUAUAAUUUACGCAUUUAAUGGAUCUCAGCAAUGGGCUCAGUUCACUAUAAUUAAUAAUCUAGUCACAAAAUACUACAAUGUUACGACAACUCAGGUGGAGUGGACGGCGAAUGUAUUCACAUUAUCGUAUAUCAUAUUGGUUAUUCCAGCGUUGUAUUUGAUCAAAUUAAUGGGUGUAAGAAACACGAUGAUCGUGGGAGCAUUGGGCAUAACUGUUGGCAAUUGGAUCAAAGUCCUUUCGGUGGCACCAGAUCGUUUUCAAGUGGCUUUCAUAGGACAAUGUGUUUCUGUAUCUUUUCUAAUGCUGACUUUUGGAUUACUGGGGCGUUUCACUGCUACGUGGUUUGGGGCUGAUGAGAUUUCCACAGCUGGAGUGUUGGCGAUAUUAGGAGAUCAACUUGGUGCAGCCUUUGCUUACUUCUUUCCCACUGUUCUGGUCAAAGAUGGUCCCUUGGAAGUAAUUGGUAACGGAUUAUGGAAUAUGCAUCUCUGUGUAUCUAUUCUUUCAACGGUUAUAUUUUUCCUAAUCCUAGUCUUUUUCCAGGAGAAACCGAAAAUGCCUCCGAGUGUAGCGCAAAUAAAACAAAAACAGGUGAAAGAAGAGAAAUUAUUGCCAACUUUGGGUAAACUGAUGAAGAAACCACCUUUUCUACUGUUUCUGGUUUCGUAUGGAUUGAAUGGAUCUUCCUGCGUGGGAUUGGCUACCUGUUUGAAUGAAUUAAUCGUAGUGAAUUUUCCAGGUGGUGUAAGUGAUGCUGGAAAUAUCGGCUCCACUAUUAUGCUGAGUGGAAUUGUAAGUUCAUUACUAAUUGGAAAAAUCUUAGAUAAAACUCGAUUAUUCAAGGAAUGUGCUAAUGUUUUGACAACUGGUACAGCCUUGUCGAUGAUGUUUUUUACGUGGUCUUUAAAAUCUGGAAAUAUUUUCUACGUUUACUUGGCCGCAGGUCUUCUUGGAUUUUUCGUGAUGGGAUAUUACUCGGUUGGAAUGCAAAUAGGAAUAGAGCUCACGUAUCCUAUACACGAAGAAAUAUCAACAGCCAUAAGUUUCCUUUCAACUGGAGUAUUUGCCUUCGUAUUCACCAUCGUUUAUGGUUACACGAUCAAAUCUUACGGCGAUUUAGCAUCAAAUAUUGGAAUAUCUGUGUUGGUCGUUAUCUCUUGCAUUAUCACAUUCUGCUUACCAGUUGAUUUGAAACGACAACGAGCUGAAAAUGAGCCCAAAGAGAAGCCUAGCGAAUUGGAUGAAUUUAUAUAAUUUAUAGGUUUCGAUUUUUAUUUUCUUUUAGUAAUCUCAGGCGCAAAAGUUACCUAUACCUAUUGUAUAACGCUUACCAGAAUUAAACCAGGUUGUGAAAAUUCAAUCAGGUUAAAUUCAAUUGUGCAAUAUUUUGUAAUUAUUCAACAACGUAAAUACUUAGUGUACAUAUACUUAAGAUGUUUAAUUUUUACAAUACCUACACGAGACAUAAAGUAAUUCCAAGUUCUCGACUUGAAUUGUUUAUUAAAGAUACCAGAAUGAGUUGUAAAAUUUUGGUCGAAUAAACGGUAAAAUAAA